GCCGUCCAGCGUCCUGGCUCUUGGCUCCCAGAUUCUUAAAUUUGAGAAACAGAGAGCGUGAGAAGCUCUAAGAUGGCGAAUCUCAGAAGUACGAGGUACCGCUUCUUGUUGGCUUUUCAGUUCCUUGUACUACUGCAAUCCAAAUUAUCCAAUGUCUUCUGCUACCAGUACAAGGUUGGAGAUUUAGACGCCUGGGGAAUACCCACUUCAGCAAAUCCACAAGUCUACACCAUAUGGUCCAAAUAUCACACCUUGAGGAUCGGAGAUUCUCUCUUGUUUUUGUACCCACCAAGUCAAGAUUCACUGAUACAAGUCACGGUAGAAUCCUUCAACAGCUGCAACCUCAAAGAUCCAAUCUUGUACAUGAACAAUGGCAAUUCUCUUUUCAACAUCACCGCACAUGGGGAAUUCUACUUCACCAGUGGAGAGCAAGGGCACUGCGAAAAGAACCAGAAGCUCCACAUUUCUGUGCUUUCUGGUAAUGGGUCUGCUUCAGAUCCUCCUUCCUACGGUCCUAGCGCAUUGCCGGAAAUUUCACCCUCUUACCCUACUGUUUUUGGAACAAUCCCACAACCGCCUUCCCCUUCUUCUUCUUCUUCUUCUUCACUAAGCUUCCCAAUCUUCAUCGCAGCUCUUGCUGGAUUUCUGGUAUCUGCAAUAAUUAAUGGCAUCAUGUGAAGAACAUAUCCAGUUGAGAAUGAUUCUUUUUUCCCACUUUGGUAUUGAUUUUUUUUUCUUCAUUAUUGGUUAAUAUGAAAUUUUUGGCUUUGUAAUUCUUGGAAGCAACUUAAUAUAAUGAUUUGGUUCAAAUUUGAUA